CGUGCUCAACUAUGUCAACAGGCCUGCUGACGAAUGAAGUUUUUGAGGAGUUCCGACGUCAUAUUCUGCCUUCAUGUCAGGAUACAUCAUCCUCAGAAAAGAGAACGCAUGUGGCUUUUCCCGCUGAUAUAGUUGAUCAAGAGAAUUCUGAGAGAAUUUUGAGUUUUUUUCAAAGAGCGGAUUCUCUGGAUGUUGCAAAGCUUCUUAAUAUUUUUGAUGACGUGGACAAAAUAAAUCGAGUGGAUCCCAGCGUACCCUCGACAGCAGAGGUUGCGGCUGUUGUGGUAACUUUUGUGGAGCGGAUCUUACAGAGGGUAGGACAGAUUGAUCCGCGGUUCUGUUCAUCCCUUCUUCACGGGGGGAGUUUCUAUGAUGGGGUAAAGAUAGGCAGGCCAGAUGAAUUCGACUUUACAGCAAAAAUAGAGAAACUCUGUUCAACAGGGGCAAUGGAAUCGCGGUUUUCGCAACGCAAAAAAGGCUUUGUUUAUGUGGUAAUCAAUGAACCUAAAGCCGUGGAAGAGUUUAGAGACUUUUUCACUGAUGCAGAGGACGACGAAAUAUUAAAGAGUGGCGAAAAAAUACUAUCUGUAAAGAAAAUUCAGAAACAUUUUAGUGAACUUGUAGAUAAAGCACUUGGUAGUAUUAAUGUCCCGCAAGUGCUCGCUCCUGCUGAAAAGGAAAAAGGAUUUACUUGGCAUUCAGUCCACCACGGCCCCUGUGCUACGGUGUAUGCAACAUAUUAUUCAGUCUCUUUGGGAGAAAUGAGCUUGGAUAUUGACAUCGCUCCAACUUUUGAUCUACCGGAUCCCGCUUACUUACCUCCUGUCUUGAACUUACAAAACUUGCCUCGUCUGUCUGACGGGAAAAAUCCACUCCAGUCAAAAUUAUUUGAGGUGCUGCAGAAUGAAUUGAAAAUAAUGGUGGUUCCGUUUACCUUUGAUAGAAUAGCAAUGAACUCGCAUGGACAGGCAUGGUCCUACGAAUAUAGUGAAACGUGGAGAGUUUCAUUCAACUCGCUUGAAAAAUUUGUGUUUUCUAUGCAUGACAAUGAUUCUGUGGAAAAACAGCUUUAUAGAGUUUUAAAGGUAUUAAAAGAAUCAUUCAUUCAGAAAACUCAUCAUUUGGAAUCCAAAGCAGGAACGUCGGAAAUGAAAUUUGAAGAGCCACCUAGCACGAAAAUGACCUCCGUUACUGUAGAACCGGUAGGAUUUCUGUCUGAUUUCAGUGUUGAACCGAUUGGAGUUUGGCAAGAAGAAUCCGAUGACGAUACGGAAGACGAAGACUCCUCUGGUUCGCUGUGUGCCAGUGGGCACAAUUACGAAAUCCUGUACGAACGCUCAUCUUCGCUGUCUGAAUCGGAUCAAGAAGAUGAUAUUGCAGAUGGAGCUAAAAAUACUUGUAACUCCAAGCAAGUUAGGAGAUGUGAAGGUGUAAAGCAGAGCCCCGUCUCUCCUGAUGAAGUUAUUAAUUUUAUUCCACCUCAAAGUUAUCGGACCUCCAAACCACUCAUUAAAACAUAUUAUUUCAAAAUGAUCCUGUUUACUAUGAAGCUUUUACUAAUUGAUCACAAGAUGUGGAAUCGGGAAAAUUUGCCAGCAUUGGUAAUUUUUGUACUAAAGAUUCUCUUUUUUGUUUACUCUUCAAAGCAUAGAUGCUUCGUCAACUUCUGGUUUCAAGAAAUGAUUGAGACAACGGCCAGGCAGUCUGUUAGUUUAGAAAUCUUGCAAUCGUUAGAAGACAUUCUGCAGGAACUAGAACGCAAAAUAAGAUCUCUGUAGUCAUGUCAUCCGAUGGAGCGAAUGAAUUAGACAAGUGUUAGAUGUUAAAUGGAUCAUAAAGCAAUGUACUUUAAAAAAAAAUAGCAAAAUGAAUUACAACGGUGCUAAUUCGGUUUUUUAAAUUAUUUAUUGUUUUAUUUUUGUUUGUUCGUUUGUCAA